GAAAACCGGCAUUUCGACGGACUUUUAUGGAGUAAAACUUUCAGACUUCAGGACCGCAUAAAUUGUAUGAAUUUAGCAAACGUUAUAAAUUGUAAAAGAAAAAUACUUCAGUAGUUUCUGGUGUUGGCUUAGUCACAAAAAGUGGAGAUAUUAGCUUAAUUAAACCUAGUUUUUAUCUUCUGUCAGUUGACUAAAGCAACUGAUUCAUUAUCUAUAGCCAUAGUGAAAAUGAGGACUUUAACUUCAGACAGCGGCCAAGAGGAAACUGUGAGCGUGAGGAGAAGUGAAUCUUCAGACGCUGAGGGCAUCAGUCGCCUCAUCAGCCCAUCAGCUGAGGCAGUGUUUGGGAAGAUCAGCAUCAUUAAUCUACUAGAGAAGGCCAACCUGGCUGUGACUCUGGCCAAUGAGAAGGAUGACAUUGUGGCUCACGCCUCAUUCUUCGAUCACCCUUAUGGAGGCUUGGUGGAUCAGGCUCAGUGGGAACCUUUCCUCCAGGAGCACUUCAGCGCUGAAAAAUGCACACCCAUGAACACACUCUUCCUCCAUCUUUUUGUGGCUCAGCCAGGUUUCACCACAGCAAGUAUCAAGGAGAUCAUGAAGGCUGUGUUUAUUAACGUCCCAGAGCUUGAAAACAUCUGCCUUGUUGGUCCAAGCGUCAGUGAAUUAGAGCCGGAGCUGGAGGAGGUCUUUAGGCCGAUGCAGCCCCAGACUGAUCCCAAACCUCAGUGUUUAGCUCGGAUCUGCCACAGACACGACCACUACCCAAAGGCCCUCGUUCGGCCGGCCCAGGUUGAGGAUCAUGACGACAUCAUGCGUCUGUUCACAAAACAGCCUAAACUCCCGUCGGUCUUCAAGCAGCCGUACUUCCUGGUGCAGCUCAUCGAGGAUCAGACGGAGAACAAUCACACUGCUGUUUGUCAGGUUGACGGCGUCAUCGUUGGCUUCAUCAGCGUUACUGCACAUGUAGACGUCAAGCGGCUGCAGGACAACUUCGAUCUGAGCGAGUUUAGCGAUUUACAGCAACAGACGGAGGUGAAACACGAUGAAGCUGCUACUCAGUCUGAUAAAGCAGAAGAAAGUCAAACCUCCUCCUCAGAACAUGAGGAGAAACAGUCGACUGAGGCAGCACAGCUUCCAAGUAAUCAAAAUGCCUUCUGCAUCCAGUUCUUCACUUUUGACAAGAAGUAUGAAAUGAGAUCCAUGGACUUCAUCCCAUACGUAUUCAAACUUUUCCCGGACCGGGAAUUCUGCAUCAUCACUGUCCCACAUCUGUUUCGAGAGUUCCCGCUGCUGCAGAACUUCAUCAGAGUACCACCUCGUACUCAUUUCAGCUCAUUUCCUCAAGAACUAUACGUCUUCCACCGCCAUGGACUCAGGAGUGUUGAGGUGAGGAGGGCUGUGGCCUCGGACCGACCGGCUGUUUCAGAUCUGGUGAAGGAUUUGAGAUUAAACCAGUCCCUGCUUCAGGACCUGGAUCGCUCCCAGGACGGCGUGCUUCUGCAGGCCUUCGUGGUCCUGGUGGGCGGUCUGGUCGUGGGGAUACUGAUCAUCAGAAAGGAGGAGGACGUCGAGUACAUCUGUGCCCGUUACAACAUCGAGAACUACAUCUACUUCAGCGAGCACUGCUACGAGGAGCACGCACGGCUCCUCCAUUUUGUCCUCAACGCCCUCUUCCAGCAUUUCACCAAACACGUCUUUAAGGAGGUCCUAAGGCUGGCUCACAUAUCCUGCCUGUACCACCGCACAUACCCCCCCGAACUCAGCCAGGAGAAUUCCUGCGUCCCCAAUCUGGAUUUGUUCCUGAACUGUGCAGUCCCGGUCCACCCGCGACGCCAGAUCAUCUACCCACUGGAGGAGCUUGGCACCAACGCCCCGUCCAGGCGGAUCACAGAGGACCAGCCUCCGUUUUCGCUCAGCCUCAUCAGCAGAAAGUUAACCAUGGAGCCAAAGGUCACCGUGAACGUCAGGAUUGUGGUGGUGGGGGCGUCGGACACAGGGUUAUCUUUCCUGGAGGUGUUGUGCUCCUGCCCUCACCUGCGUUUCAAGAAUUUGACCCUCAUCUCGAUGCACGGUUUCCCCGGCGACUACAACCACGAGGACGCCGGCUUUCUGUCCACAAGUCACGGUUACAGCAGCAGAGACCUGGCCCUGGUCCCUCUGCGAUCCCACAUCAGCGUCAUCACCGGGAAGAUGGUGGGUCUGUGCAGGAAGUCCAAACGCAUCCUGGUGUCCAACGGCAAGAGAGUCCCCUAUGACUUCCUGGUCCUGUGCACAGGCCUGCAGUAUCAGGUGCCCAGUCCCACUGGCGAUGUGGGCCAGUCGGUCCCAAACCUGCAGCUGCAGGCUCAGUGGACUCACCGCACAUACACCGGUCCCAUCCCGUCCAACCUCUUCACCCUCAACGACCUCCAUGACUGCAGGGCCGCCCAGCGCUGGAUGUGCGCCAACUUUGUGGAGCUGCAGGAUAACGCCGUCGUCUAUGGAAGCAGCGUUGACGUCUACACCACCGUGGAGGCCCUGCUGAGCCUCGGGGUCCGGGGGUCUCGCAUCCAUCUGGUCCUCCUGCCCUCCAAACCGGGCGUCUCCUGCUUCAGCGACCCCUCUGUGGAUAAAGCUGUGACGGCAGCCCUGAAGACGGCAGAGGUUCACGUCCACCGUAACUGUCUCCUGGCCCAGAUGAACGACGGCGAACACCCCGACCCCCUCAGGAUGGUGUCAUUCACCACCGACGCUGAGCUGCUCCGUCUGCAGUGUGGGGUGUUCAUUAACCUCUCCACUAAAGGAGUCGACCACGAUGCCUUCAGGAGCAUCACCAAAUCCCACCUGGUGUUCGACUACAGACUCGUCAUAAACUCCUCCUUCCACACUUACGACGAGGCCAUCUUGGGCGCCGGGCCUCUCACCAAAUUCUCCCGCCGCUACUACUCAGAUGAGUGGACUCACGCCAACUUCAACUCCAGAGAGGUGGGGCAGGCGCUGGCCGUGGAGAUGCUGCCGAUGUUCGACCCAACGCUGAAGCCGGCCGACGAGACAGCUGACACGGACCGCCUCAUCCCCAUUUACAAAGACGCCAAGAUUCAAGGUGGUCGACUGCCUGGAGGUCUUAACUAUCUGCAUGUGACCAAACCGUCUCCUAACAUCUCAGAUCCUCCUGUUCAACAUGUCCAGGACUCUGUGAUGAAGACGGGCCGGGCAGAGAUGGGGAACUACUUCUGUCUGCGUCUGAACCCGUACCAUCAGGUGGAGACGCUCACCUGUCUGUCCCUGAAGCCCCUCCCCGUCUCCAACUACCUGUGUCUGUACAGGAAACACAAGCUGCUGCUGAGCCAACUGUCCACCCACUACAACGACGGCCUGAUCCCAGACCUGUACAGUUUCUUCAGUCAGAGCUGCUUCAUGGCCAUUUUCCACGACCGCUUCUCUGACUUGGAAGAGGAGCUGAGGGAGGCUGUCAAAAAGAAACGCACGGAGGAAGAGUCCGACCUGCCGUCGAUGGACGCCUUCCAUCUGGACGCCGACAGUCGAGCUGCUGUGAGAAACAUCGCUGUGAAAUUCCUGCGCUGCAACCGAAACCUGCUGCCCAUGUUCGCAGAAGCAUCGACGUCACCGUACGACGACUGAGAGAGUCUGGUCGCCCACGGUUUUAUUUAAGCACAGCUAAGGCAGACGUUGAUGCAGUGUUGGGGUGUUUUUAGGAGUUCUUUAACCUUUGUCGUGUACAUUUAAGGUCACAGAAGACAGGAAGUGUUUGUCCUGGAAGCUGCAACAGUUGGAGUUGUAUUAAAUGUGCAGUAUCCAUUUCCAACCACUAGGUGUGUCUCCAUUA